AUGCUCCAAUGUAUCACGUCCAGCAGGGCCCUGGCUCACUCCUAUUCCACCCCCGUGUUUUCCAACCUCAAGCACACAAUUAUCAGCUCCAACAACCCAGAGAGCGAGACUAGCAACUACGUCCUCCCGUUCUUCGGUCUUCCGUCCCUCUUCAGCAUGACACUGGGCCAUAUCCGUGACGGCAGCCUCAGGGAGGAAUACCAAGAAGACUGCGCGUGGCAUGGCGCCCUGAUGGCCGAGAUCGGACGGGAGUCUCAGCAUGCAGGGUGGCCAGUCCGAGUCCGAGAGCGAACUCGACAACCGUCCAUACGAGCCAUUCUCCACCGUCAAGCACAUCGCGUCUCCCCCGAACGAAUCCUCCCCUGCAAGCGUCUGGAAUAG